AGGUGAAGCAAAGUGAUAGAUGUGUUGUAUCAUGGCAUCCUUUAACACGUUCCUUGUCGUUCUUUUGUUUGUCACUUUAUCUUCCUCACAUAUUUAUGUGACUCAAGCUGGGCGUCAUCUCCAACAAUCUUCACUAAUUUCACUUUCUCCUACUCCAAGGAUUAUCAUCACCCUACCCGGUGUUCCACCCAUCAUCGUACCCAUUAUUCCACCCGUCACCGUCCCUGGUAUUCCACCCACCACUGUCCCUACACUCCCAGGUACUCCACCCAUCAACGUCCCAAUAGUUCCGGGUAUUCCACCCAUCACUGUCCCUACACUCCCAGGUACUCCACCCAUCAACGUCCCAACAAUUCCUGGUACUCCACCCAUCACUGUCCCUACACUCCCAGGUACUCCACCCAUCAACGUCCCAACAAUUCCUGGUACUCCACCCAUCACUGUCCCUACACUCCCAGGUACUCCACCCAUCAACGUCCCUUCAGUUCCUGGUACUCCACCCAUCACCGUCCCUACACUCCCAGGUACUCCACCGAUUACUGUCCCUUAACUUCCUGAUGUUCCUCGUGUUCCACCCACUAGGUUUACUUAAAGUCACAUGGUCUAGUAUUUCGUUUAUGCACCUUACCUCUUCCUAAAACUUCACUAUCCACUUUGUCUACUUUGUCUCCUUUUCUUAGUAUUCCAUUAACGUCUUCUACUAUCAAAGAAUAAACGUGUCACUAGUUUGGACUCGAAAGCCUCAUGGGUUUCUAUUUGAAUCAUCAUUUCCAUGGUGAGAGUUUUGUUGCUCGAGCUUCUUUCUAGUCCGCUACUACUACGAUAACAUAUGUAACUUUAAACAAUAUAUUAUAAUAAACCAUCCAUACAUGUGAUAUUAAUAAGUGUUA